UCGGCCAGGCAGGUGUGCAAAUGGGCAAUGCAUGCUGGGAGCUGUAUUGCCUAGAGCAUGGGAUCCAGCCAGAUGGUCAGAUGCCAAGUGAUAAAACGAUUGGCGGGGGCGACGACUCCUUUAACACCUUCUUCAGUGAGACUGGUGCUGGAAAACAUGUUCCUAGAGCUGUCUUUGUUGACCUGGAGCCCACUGUCAUUGAUGAGGUGCGCACAGGUACCUACCGCCAGCUGUUCCACCCUGAACAACUGAUCACUGGUAAAGAAGAUGCUGCCAACAACUACGCUCGUGGGCACUACACCAUUGGCAAGGAGAUCAUUGACCUGGUGCUGGAUAGGACUCGCAAACUGGCUGAUCAGUGCACUGGGCUCCAGGGCUUCCUGAUCUUCCACAGUUUUGGUGGUGGCACCGGCUCUGGGUUCACCUCCCUCCUAAUGGAACGGCUCUCUGUUGACUACGGGAAGAAGUCAAAACUGGAAUUUGCCAUUUAUCCAGCUCCUCAAGUGUCCACUGCGGUGGUGGAGCCCUACAACUCCAUCCUUACCACCCACACCACCCUCGAGCACUCCGACUGUGCCUUUAUGGUGGACAACGAGGCCAUCUACGAUAUCUGCCGUAGAAACCUCGACAUCGAGCGCCCCACCUACACAAACCUCAACAGGUUGAUCGGUCAAAUCGUUUCCUCCAUCACAGCAUCCCUGCGUUUCGAUGGAGCCCUGAAUGUAGAUCUGACCGAGUUCCAAACCAACUUGGUGCCGUAUCCACGUAUCCACUUCCCUCUGGCCACCUACGCCCCAGUGAUCUCCGCAGAGAAAGCCUACCAUGAGCAGCUCUCCGUUGCAGAAAUCACCAACGCUUGCUUUGAGCCAGCCAAUCAGAUGGUGAAAUGCGACCCUCGUCACGGCAAGUACAUGGCUUGUUGUCUGCUGUACCGUGGAGAUGUGGUUCCCAAAGACGUCAACUCUGCCAUCGCCACCAUCAAGACCAAGCGUACCCGGAGAAGAGGGAGAGGAAGAAGGAGAGGACGUGAAUGUAUUUCCAUGCACGUCGGCCAAGCCGGAGCCCAGAUGGGCAAUGCAUGCUGGGAGCUGUAUUGCCUGGAGCAUGGGAUCCAGCCAGAUGGUCAGAUGCCCAGUGACAAAACCAUUGGAGGAGGCGACGACUCCUUCAACACUUUCUUCAGUGAGACUGGUGCUGGAAAACAUGUCCCAAGAGCGGUCUUUGUCGAUCUGGAGCCCACUGUCAUUGAUGAGGUGCGCACCGGUACCUACCGCCAGCUGUUCCACCCUGAGCAGUUGAUCACUGGUAAGGAAGAUGCUGCCAACAACUACGCUCGUGGGCACUACACCAUUGGCAAGGAGAUCAUUGACCUGGUGCUGGACAGGACUCGCAAACUGGCUGAUCAGUGCACUGGGCUCCAGGGCUUCCUGAUCUUCCACAGUUUUGGUGGUGGCACCGGCUCUGGGUUCACCUCCCUCCUAAUGGAACGGCUCUCUGUCGACUACGGAAAGAAGUCAAAACUUGAGUUCGCUGUCUAUCCAGCUCCUCAAGUGUCCACUGCGGUGGUGGAGCCCUACAACUCCAUCCUUACCACCCACACCACCCUCGAGCACUCCGACUGUGCCUUUAUGGUGGACAACGAGGCCAUCUACGAUAUCUGCCGUAGAAACCUCGACAUCGAGCGCCCCACCUACACAAACCUCAACAGGUUGAUCGGUCAAAUCGUUUCCUCCAUCACAGCAUCCCUGCGUUUCGAUGGAGCCCUGAAUGUAGAUCUGACCAUGGCUGCCCUGGAGAAGGAUUACGAAGAGGUGGGAACUGACAGCGUUGGAGAAGAGGAUGAAGAAGGAGAGGAGUAUUAAAUUGAGGGCUUGCUGACCCUUGCACAACCAAGCAAGACAACUUAUGCCCGACUUAAAAAUAUGUAAAAUGUUCUGUUAUAAACCCACAUUCCAUGAAAUAAAAAUGUUCCUUUUAUUGGGUCAACCUUGUUGUGUUGCCA